GAGAACCGGGGCCAGAUCCCCGACGCGCAGGUGAUCAUCACCGCGCCGGACUCCACGCCGUUUGCUUUUGACGGCCAGGAGCGCGCCCAGAAGUCAGAGGGUGACAACGAGUUCCUAUCGGCGAUGGAGUGCAUUGUGAACCAGGCGCGCCGAGACCGAGGCUCGCUCGAGAUCUUUAUAAUCGAGACCAAGCUUAAGUUAGCAGAAGUUCCUGCUGGACGUGACAUAAGCCAGGCCGAUGAAGUACUCGAAUAUUUGACCGCCUCUCUCGGAAAGGACUGGCUCGUUUGGAAGUGGCUGCUUGAAUCGGAACGUUUAGGGCUCCCCCAAGCCCGCUCCAGGAUGCACAUUUGCGGCAGGAAGAAGAAUAGAUUCAAGGGGGCGACAGAACCAGAAUUGCGCCCCGAGCAAUUCCGCGUGGCACAGAUUCCGCUGGCAGACAUUCUCGACAACAAAGCCCCGAAAGCCCAGGUCACCGAUCUGAGUGAGACCAUGCGCGCAAACCUAGCCUCGUAUAAGAAACUAUGCAAGGAUGAUCCCGAUGGUAGCAUUUUCGUUGUCGGCGUGAGCAGGCCUGCAGAUGCCAAGCCGAGGGCCAACAUGUGCCCCGAGAUCACGCCAACCAGCGGUGCCUUGUUCGUGUUUCAAAAGGGAUCGCGCGACUUCCACCGAUUCCUGCAGCCAGCAGAGCUGCUCAUGCUUCAAGG